AGCCUCAUGUGACAGAGGUAGGUCAGACAGAGCGGAGAGUCAGAGGGUUUAUUUAACUCGUCGCUCUGUACUCCCCCACUUUCCCGACGCGCCACUAGGAGAGGGUGGACUUCCUCCUGCGGCGGGACCACAGCGUGGAAUUUACAUGGACUUAACCUGAACGCACCUGAGAUAGCGCUUACAAUAAGAGCCGCUCUAAAAAUGACACAUUCUUAAACAUUUUCUGAAACAUUUUUGAUGCGCUUUAGCGUACUUCACUCUGCCCGUAAAUAAAUGCGUGUUUGUUUGUGGCUGAAUUGGUGAUUAUUUUUACAUACAUUUAUCUGGACCCGAACAAAGAAUGGAGCGAGUCCCAAGCGAGCAACCGCCUCCUCUCUCCAAACACCAGCCUGAUCUGUCAGACGUGCAGGGGAUGGAUUUCCAAAUGUAUGUUUAUAAGCCUAGAAGAGGGAUAAAAAGGGGAGAAGAGAGCAAGGACACCUACAAGCUGCCCCACAGACUCAUCGAGAAGAAAAGGCGCGAUCGGAUAAACGAAUGCAUCGCUCAGCUGAAAGAUUUAUUACCCGAACAUCUAAAACUCACCACUCUGGGCCAUCUGGAGAAGGCUGUGGUUUUAGAGCUCACGCUCAAACAUGUGAAAGCACUCACCUCUCUUCUGGAGCAGCAGCAGCAGAAGAUCCUUUCUCUGCAGAGUGGCAUGCAAAUCGAGCAACCCACUGUUAACCAGGAGAAGUCAGAGGAGAUGUUUCGCUCUGGUUUCCACAUGUGUGCCAAGGAGAUUCUCCAGUAUCUAGCCAAUCAUGAGGCUGAUGGAGACCUGACUUCAACUCAUCUCAUCGGCCAUCUUCACAAACUGGCUGCUGAAGUGCUGCAGAGCCCGGCUAGACCUUGCACCCCUCACAGCCCCCAACCCAAAGAGGUUCCGGCCUACCACCAGCGCCAGCCUCACAAGGAGAUGGCCACCACCGUGCCCCCUAAGCCCACUGAGGGAUAUGGAAGGAACUGUGUGCCAGUCAUCCAGCGGGCAUACGCACCAGCGAGUGGCGAGCAGAGUGGAAGUGACACAGACACAGACAGUGGCUAUGGGGGGGAGCUGGAGAAGACUGAAGUGGGGGCACUGCAGGGACGCUCUGAUUAUUAUGGUCAUGGCAGCCAACAGAAGCGACCGCUGGGAGACAGGCAGAGCUCUGCCAUCAAGCAGGAGGACGAUGAGCCGCGCCACAAGCGACCCCGUGUGGAGUCUUCUGAGGAUGAGGUGCUCUCAAGUGGAGAGUCGUCGAUUUCAUCAUCCUCCAGUGGUUAUGGUAGUUACAUGAGCACGUCACCCUCCCACCCACCUCCCCCUCCUCAUCCUCUCUGCAUGCCGUUCUACCUCAUCCCCCCUUCAGCUGCGGCCUACCUACCAAUGCUGGAGAAAUGCUGGUAUCCUGGAGCAGUGCCUAUGCUCUACCCCGGCAUGGGAGGCUCCUCACCCACCAUGUCUGUCGACAGACCACCACCUCCGCUUGUGUUGUCUCCCAGAGGAGGCUCUCCUGCCCCAGCCCUAUCUCAGACCCCCAUGGACUCCCCUGCUCUGCUUCAGGCACUAAAGCAGGUACCACCCCUCAACCUGGAAACCAAAGAAUGAGGAAUGAAGGAACAGGCGAAGGGACAAUGCCUUUUCUAAUGGCCACCGUCAACAAGUGGACGACAUGACUGAGCUGUUUGUAAUUUAAUCUAUACUCAUUCAUCUUCUCUUUUCGUCAUCUGGAGGUCAGAUAGUACCCAUUCACACUGGGAGGAAUGCAAAACUCUGGCUGAAUGUUUAAAGCUCAGUGGUUUUCCUCAUUUAUAGAUGUACUGUUUGAACCCGAACUGCCCUGCACAUACAUUUUGGUUGAAUGUAAAGAAAGAAGUCUUUAAGAUGCUGCUGUGGAAAUGUAAAAGCCUACAACUAUCCAUCUCACUAUGUAGCUGUUGUGACAAAGAAUUGCCAUGUUGUACUUUACUUUAAAGACGUUUUGCACCAAAAUAGUGGUAAUUAAUCACCCAAAGUUUGUUGCCUAUGUCUUUUGUUCAUCAUUUUGUUCACUAAAAUGCCCUUUCUCAACUUGAUAUUGAUGAAUUUAAACCCCCAGAAGUUCUGAAGUGUGUAUAGAAUGAGUAAUGAGAUGGCCGUAGUGGAUGAAGGGAUAGGCCACUACAUGGCCAAAAUGAGUGACAUGUCUUGUUUUUGUGUUGAUGAACUGAGAGGGAUUUCUGUAAUUAUUGUUCAUAGACUUCUUGUAUAUUUCUAUUUUUGAUACCUGUGCUUGCACUCUGCUCUCUCAGGCAGCCGGAGGGAUUGCAGAGUGUGGACAACGUUGUGUACUCAGAAAGUGUACAUUCUGUAGCACUGUGCUGGACCUGGUCUGCGUACUCAGCGUGUUUUCUGCUCAAGUCAAACCCGGUGUUUGUUCUUGCUGUUGCCUUUUACUUGUGAGAAGCUGAUAAACUGCAGAUGUUUAUUCUCUGUACAAUGUAUUAAACCUGGAGUCAAAGAUAUGAGGAAGGGGUGAAGUGAAUGUAAGUUUUACCAGAAGACUAGUUUUCUAUAGAAAGUGAGGUACUUAAGGUUUUAUAUUUUGGGACCUAAAGAGAGAUGUUUGAUGUACAUAUUUUGUCUAUAAAUGUUGAUAUAAAUCAUAAGUGUAUUAAUAAAGUAUUUUUCCCAAGGAUA